AUGUCAUCACCCAGAAACGAUUUAAUCCCUCUCGAACUUUUUACAGUCGACUCCUUUACUAAAUCUCCAUUCCGAGGUAAUCCAGCAGCUGUGUGUUUUUUAACGGAUGAAAAUCUUGUUGCUCAACUCGAUGAGAGAUUUCCUUCCGAUCUCGACAAGGAAAAUCUCUAUAAAUUAAUUGCAAGAGAAAUGAAUUUAUCUGAGACUUGUUUUUUGAGAAGAAGUCUCUCAUCAUCAUUGAAUGAUCAGGAUGGACGAUUUCAACUCCGAUGGUUUACUCCGACAGUUGAAGUCAAUUUAUGUGGUCAUGCCACUUUGGCAGCUGCUCAUUUGAUUUUCUCAAAAUUCAAUGAGAAUUCUCCAAAAAGACUCGUGUUUGAAACUCGAAGUGGAGAAUUGAGUGUUGAAAAAGAUGAAAAUGACUCUGAGUUGUUGAAAUUGAAUUUUCCUGCAGGAGAUCCUCAGCGUGUUCAAUUUCCAACAAGUGUCAUGUUGAACUUAUUGAAACAUUUGAAUUUAUUGUCAACCAAUGAUCAUGACAUGAAUACUGCUGAAGAGAAAAUUGCUUCGAUUGUGAAAGAGACUAUUUUGUGUCGUAAAACCAAGAAAUUAUUACUGGUUGUGAAAGAUUUGAGACAAGUCUUGCAAGUAGAGCCCAAUGAAUCUGCCUUGUUAGCUAUGAAUUUUGAAUCAGAAGAUUUACAGAAUCAUGUCAAGGGCGUAGCAGUGAACAUGCCAGUGAAUGAGAUGGAUGAAGAGAGUAAAAUGGAGUUGAAGAAACUUGUUGGAAAUGAUGUUGAGGUGGAUAAGAUUGAUUUUGUCACAAGAUAUUUCUCACCUUGGAAUGGAAUUAAGGAAGAUCCUGUAAAUGGAAGCUCACAAACAUCGUUGUGUCCUUAUUAUUCCAACAAGUUAGGAAAACAAAAAUUAGUUUGUUUCCAAGCAUCAAAGAGAAGUGGUAUUCUCUUUGCGGAACCAAUUUCAGGAGGAAGAGUGUCUAUCGGAGGUUAUGCUAAAACCAUGAUGACUGCAAAAAUGUUUAUUUAA